AUGUUCAUUGUUGGCAUCGGCGAUGAUACCACUCGUAUUCAAGCCGAUAUUUAUAUUUUAUAUUGUAGUACUUCGAAUUGGCUUUCUGGCGAAGAACGAUCACGUUUGGAAGCAGUACAACGAGAUUGGCGUCUUUCGAGACCCGCUAAACCUUAUUCGCCAUGGAGUCGUUAUCGACAACCGUCAGUAGACAAGUCAUCCAAGCCAUCAGGAACCAUCGCACAGAACGACGCAAGCGCACAUCAGCAAAAUUUAUUCGGACGAAACAGAAUCCUAUCUGUUCCAUCAAUUUCAACACAACCUGCUCUUCAAGGAAGUGAAAAGAUUCAUGAAACAGUGAAUGAAGAAGAUGAAAAGGAGAAAAUUGAGGAGAACAAUGCAGUGAUUUCAGAAACUGCUUUGCCUUUGCCGCCAAAUGAGAAUGAAAAGAAAGAUGAAUUAGCUAGAGCAGAGGAAAAACAGCGGGAGAUUGUGGAUGAUGACGUCGAUGCGGAGGAGGAAAAGCCCAUAGACAAAUCACCAGAUGGACGAUUUCUGAAAUUUGACGAAGAGCUGGGACGUGGAUCUUUCAAAACUGUUUAUCGUGGCCUGGAUACGGAAACAGGAGUUGCGGCAGAAAGACAGCGUUUUCGGGAGGAAGCCGAAAUGCUGAAGGGUUUGCAACAUCCCAAUAUUGUACGGUUCUAUGAUUAUUGGGAAAGACAGGAUCAUGCUGGCAAGAAAAGGUACAUUGUACUGGUAACCGAGUUGAUGACAUCUGGAACGUUGAAAAUGUAUCUGAAACGAUUCAAACGGAUAAACAUAAAGGUGUUGAAGUCAUGGUGUCGGCAAAUUCUGAAAGGACUUUCCUUUCUUCACUCACGUAAUCCACCGGUAAUUCAUAGAGAUCUCAAGUGUGAUAACAUCUUUAUCACAGGCACAACAGGAAGUGUUAAAAUUGGCGACUUGGGAUUGGCAACUUUGAAAAAUAAAUCAUAUGCUAAAAGCGUUAUCGGAACACCAGAAUUUAUGGCGCCUGAAAUGUAUGAAGAAAUGUAUGAUGAAAGCGUUGAUGUUUACGCAUUUGGAAUGUGCUUACUGGAAAUGGUUACUGGUGAGUAUCCGUAUAGCGAGUGUCAAUUUCCUGCUCAGAUUUAUCGUAAAGUAACUACAGGUGUGAAGCCAGAAUGCUUCAGCAGAAUACCUCAACAGUAUCCUGAAAUUCGAGAGAUUAUUGACCGAUGCAUACGGGUUCGACGUGAAGAAAGGUCAACCGUGAAACAGUUGUUAUCGGAUGACUUCUUCACCCCAGAAGAGCUGAUCGGUAUACGGGUUGAAAUAAAAAAUCGAGAUGUAGAUCUUAGCGAUGUUAAUUCUGAGAUUCAAAUGCAGUUGAGAGUAUUUGAUGAAAAAAAGCGGAAGCAGUAUCGCUUUAAAGAAAAUGAAGGAUUGCAAUUUGCUUUUGAUAUUGAAACUGAUAAGGCGGAAGAAGUAGUACAACAAAUGAUUGAACAACAGCAUAUUCCUGAAGAAGAUACACGCAUGAUUACGAAGCUUAUUAAGGAUAAGGUUGAAGCAUUCAAACGUGAUCGCGAAUUCCGACAUGCGGAACUGAAACGUUUGCGAGAAGAGGAACAAAGAAAGCAGGAGGAAGAAGCAAUUCGUAAUGAAAUGCUGUUGAGAGCCAGAGAGAAAGAGCGUAUGGAACGCGAGGCAGCUGCGGCUCUUGAGCAACAGCAGCAAUCACAACAACAACAAUCGCAGCAAUCACAACAACAACCGCAACAACAACAACAACAACAGUCACAGCAACUAUCACAACAACCGCAACCAACCGGUGCAUCACCGGAAAAUGAUGACCAUCACGAUGGACCCGUGAAACAUAAGAAAUCGAAGAAAAAAGUUGUGAUCGAAGUGCUUCGCGUUGUUACUGAUGAAACUAAUCACCAGCCACUCGUCAGCUGCCGUCUUGAUACAUCGCACAAGACAGUUACAUUUCAGUUUGCACCGGAUUCUGAUAAACCAUCCGUGAUUACGAAGAAAUUAUUGGAUCAGGAUUGUUUAACGAAUGCGCAAGUAGGAAUUGUUAUAGAUCAGCUCGAGAAAAUUAUCCAGAUGAUUACUGCUGAUCCAGUGAAAACAAUUGGUGUCAAAAUUAUUAGUUUUUUGGAUUCAACAUCAGCAAAUGCCGGUACCGAAAUGACAGUGAGCCAAUCGAACAAUUCAACUAAUGCUGUUGGUUCUUCAGAUAUUUCGGGGGAAUCAAAUGGAACACUAACAGCUGCAUCCUCUACACAGAAUUUUCAGACUGUUCAACUUCCAGCAGCAUUGAAAAAUCAACCGCAUGAUCAAACGGUAGUGAAUUCUACCACCUUACAAACGACACCGGAAACAACCAUAUCAGCCAUUACUUCAAAUUCAUCGAAACCGGCUGCUUCUGUUUUGCAAAGUUUACCCGGAACAGCGCAGCUUCCACCUUCAACUCAACAAUCCUCAGUUGUUUCACAUACAGCUGUAUCAACCACAGCAACAACUCCUGCCCCAGCUCCUGCCCCAGUAGCACCAGCAGCAACCAAGACAUCACGAUUCUUGGUCACCAAAUCAACUUUGCCUAUUGAUGUUACUAAUUCGGCUGCUCUUCCGUCUCUUAGUUCCAAUCUUCAAGAACAUACAGUAAAGGAUAGUCCGCCAGUCGUAAUUCCCUUCAGUAACAAUACGUCAGCACCGUUAAUCAAUCCAUCGCAGUCUGUGAAUCCAUCAGUAGCAGUUUUGCAGCACAUGCCAAGUGGUGAAUCACGUACAACGCUCAAAAAAUUAGAGAGUGAACUUUGUAAAGUAAGCGGCGUAAAUCCACCGAAUAACAUUCCGAGUGUAACGAAUUCUGUAUCAGUUCCACCGCCUGAUCUUCCUGCAGUCUCUGGAGGUUCAUUACCUUGUGCAUCUUUACCGCAUACGCCAUCCGUUUGUAGCAAUUUGACGCAUAAUUUGACUGAUCUAAAUGAUAAAUUGCUGGCUUUGAGUCAGAAAAUGCAGGGCGAACAAACGCAAAUGGAAGAACAUCAGAAUAACGAAACCGUUACACCAAUAACACAGACACAGCAAUCUCCAGCAGUCACACCCAUUUUACCUAAUGCUUCGACAGUACCAUUAGCACCGACAACACUACCAAAUGUCGUAUCUGGAACGAUAACACCUGGCAAAACAAGCGCCACUCCGGAAGCCGGAAUUCUUCAUGUUGAUACAUUAAACGGACUUGCUGAUGCUCUGCAGAAGGUAAUUCAUGUUGAGCCUCGUGAAACUGGUUCUGUACCACCACCAGGUGAUACUGCCAGUUAUAUCGCGCCGUUAUCUGUUGAGCACCAGUCACCAAGUACAACAAACAUGCUCCACGCAGGUGUUACAAGUUUGCAGGAUAUCAGUUUCGGAAUAGAUAGGAAAGCCGUGCCUGCCAAUGAUACAAGAAAGCAUACAUCGGAAGAUGUGAAAAAUAUAGGCAAUGGAGAAGGCGAAGGAGGGGGAAAUGUAAAAUCGGAAGAUAGGAAUCAUCCAGGAGUAGCAUCACCAAAUGCUACAAACAACGAUGAAGCAGUGUUAAAUGUUCUUCCAACAGCUACCCAAAUAAGUAACGGUGCCAAUGCAGUGAUACCGGAUAGUGGUGGUCCAGCAACGAAUUCAGCUCCGCUAGCUAAAUUUGAAAAUUUGGAAACAGCGCUAACAACGACAUUGGGUACACAUGGUUGUUGUCCAAUGACACCUCAUAUUGUUAAUUCAACGAAUCCGAAUUACCGUAUCAGUCAUGUUGCAAAUAUAGAUACUCAACAAACAGGCUUAACGCAGGUUUCAUCAUUGGAUGGAAUCCAAACGUCUCAGCAACCUUGUAUUACGAUGUCCGAAGGAGGUGAAGCAACGCAAAAAUCGACCGGUGAACUUGCUUCAACGAUAGUACCGAAAGGAGCGGUAUUUCAUGUUGGUACACCACCACCAGCACAUUUCAGUGAUUCGGCUAGUCAGACCGAAUUGAUCAGUAUACGUGAUCCGCUCGACCACAUGUUUAGUCCAACAACGUCUUACAACUCCGACUAUGAUUUUCAGCUUGAUGAGGAACUUAAUGAUGAGGACGAUGAAACAAUACAAUCACUUAUACAAAGACACAGACUUGAAACGGAAUUGUUACGCGAGCGACAGCGUCGUGAAUUACAAGUUGCACGCCUACGUUUACGUCAUAAUCAGCUGAACAAUGGAAAUGCAUUGCUGGCAGCAAUUGGUGGUGGUUUGGCUCGUUCUAUCGAUAGCUCUGGAAGUAGCCCACAUGGUCCAAUUCACAUUCCAUAUUAUCCUAUUGCCAGUUCCCAUAUCACUUCUCGAUUGACCCUUCCUUCAUCGAUAUCGCUUCCUGGCAGUCCACCACAGAAUAGUUUCCUUGGACAACAUCUUGCACCAUUAAGAGAUAUCCUACCUCGACGAGCAUAUGCGACAUCGUUGGUUGAAUCUACUCGUCAUACAUCAGUUGAUGCAGCGUUAUCUCGUAGAUCAACUCAUCCCUCAACUCAUUAUUCUUUUCAAAUUAUCGGUAAUGCAGUUGAUCAGCAUCGUCAUCAAUGUUACCACCAUCAGCAACAGCAGCAGCAGCAGCAACAACAGCAACAGCAACAACAGGGGAACAUCCUGAGCAACAAUUUAGAUCAUGGUAAUUUUCAUGGAGGCAGUUUGUCAAGACAGCCAGUACCAACAAUCAUGAAUAGAACGAGUGCUAUUGCGGAGGUCGCGCCGUCGCUCAAUUACAACAUUGAACGUCAGCUGCGUGAAACAUUUAGUACACCUCCGCAAUGA